UAAAACUGGUUGUUUGCCUCCUGACGCUCUUUCAUAAGCAUAUACGUUGGUCUUGUUUUUUUUUUUUUUUUUAAACUUGAACUGCGGCUCGAGUCCAACAAAUGGUUAAAACGGCUGCUCGACGGAAGCGGAAGAACUUGUGCGUAAUGCAGCGUCCGAGUAGUUAGCUCGGAUAGUUAGCGUGACUGGUCAAGCUCCAGCUGUGCCCCUGUCACUGUCCGCUCUUGGAUUCGGAAAGACGAUGGCUGUUUAGUUGUCGUCGACGGGACCAACCAGAAGUGAGGACUGCUCUGCGGUGGUGGGUUGAGCUUUUUUUUGCCGUGGAUUUAUGCUUCAGCCGGCUGAAGCUCGCAGAGUCCCCUCCACUUCCUGGUAAGAUGGGAGGGCUCUGGUAAUCGCCAGUCGCCUGGUUAAAGAGCUGGAGAGAAUCUGUGAAUUCAGCCACCCAGAAGUGCCAAUCCUGCUUUACGCCACACAGACACCAGCCAUGCUGACUGACAACAGGAAGCGUCAUCAUAGCUGUGACAGUGAGGAGGAGCGACAGCUGAGUCCCCAGGCCAAGAGGUCAGCGCUCAGUCCCACACUGCUGGUGUCAGACUUGGACUCUGAGUCGUCCAGCAGUGACAGCAGCAACGGCAUCAGCAGUCCAGAAUCAGCAAUAGCGGCCACCUCCAGGCCGCCCAUCCACAGCCAAAACAAUUCGGUCUUCUCACUCAGUCCAAAGCCUGUGGACGCCCCCACCCCCUUGCAGCGUGGACUCCACGGUGAAGGCAGCAGCUACUCCUAUGACUCCAUCAACAGAGUCCUGAGAGAGGCGCACUUCAGCAGCCUGCAGAGCAGAGGACAUCCAGGCUCCACAUGACUAUGAGCUCAUACCUGUCCUUCUUCGUGGCCACUUGAUGUUGACUUCAGUGGCACUGGCCCGUCCAUGGAGGUCUGUGGCAGGGGGUGAAGCGUGGGGAGGUUUACAGUGUGAGGCACGUCCCCCACUUCACCGUGUACCAUUUGUGAAAAUCAUAAGCACAUCUGCCUUUCCAUGGCCCAGCCACUGUGGUUUACUGUGCAGUGUUGAUCUGUGUGUGUGUGUGUGUGCGUGCACGCACUGUGUGCACUUUACAGAGAGCGCGGCUCCUCUUUACAUGCGUGUGUUAAUGUGUGGACAUGAUCAUUGGUGCUAAUCAACAAAGGUGUGAUACUAAGUGCUGACAAGUGAAAUAAAGAGAUGCACUUUACUCGCCU